UCCACUUGCUCAGAAGCUAGGUAUCUCAUAUAUGUAUGGCUUAUAUGUAGGGAAUUAUUUGUCUGUAUAAUUUCCAGAUCCAACACUAUGUCUUAUGCGGUGGUUCAAUUUAUUGAGGAUGGCGUAUUCAGUCAUGUCCCAAUAAGCUGGCUGAAUGCAUCUCAGACAGAAUGUUUGUGGCCACCUAACAACCCCAAAAAUGUGACACAGCUAAUAAAGAGGCAAACUGCUCCUGGCAAACACUGGUGUGCCCAUAAAAUUAUAGUGGAGGGAAUAUAUGAUUCACUAGAGACUGCUAUCAGGAAAGCAGGAGAUGCGGAAUAUACCUCUAAUGAUGAGGAGAAAGGAAGAGGCAAAAGAAAGAAAAAAUUUCGCCAGCCUUCCACUAGCCCAUCUACAGAUGAUAGAGAAGACAGUAUUUCGCCUCCACCCAAAUUGGAUAUUGAGCAGGCUGAAAUCUUAUGGGAGCAGCCAUGUGAGGAAUUAUCGGAAGCACUGAAUCUAGAUGUUGACAUCAACUCAGUGGUAACACCUUUUGCAAAAGGAGAAGAUGUCAUCUCAGAAGACUAUUUGGUAGGUACUACUUUCAAAGCCGCUGGACUUCUGGGUCCUUUGAAAAACUUGAUGUUUCGUGAAAGGAAGGUGAACAGUGUGAAAUAA